GAUGAAAUUUCGGAUAUUAAUUUUUUAAUUAUUAAUUUAUCUUUAUUUAGAGGCUGAGCAAAACCAGAGAAAAAUUCCCUCAAGAAUCCAAUCCAUUUCUACUUCAGCUUCAACUUCUGAGUGAAAGGGACUAGUCACCUGUGAAAUCUAGCGAACGUCGGGAGCUCAUCACCGAUGACAUCAUCCGACGUUGGUCAAGGGGAAAUGACGGGAGACAAGCUCGUUUUGAGGGGUCUCCAGUUCCACGGGUUCCACGGUGUGAAGGUAGAAGAGAGGAAGUUGGGCCAAAAGUUUCUGGUCGACGUGGAUGCCUGGAUGGAUCUUCAACCAGCCGGUGUUUCCGACACCCUCUCGGAUACCAUCAGCUAUACCGCUAUAUAUCGCAUAGUUAAAGAAGUAUUGGAAGGAUCCCCUCACAAUCUUCUUGAAUCGGUAACUGAAUCGAUUGCAUCCAAGAUAUUGAACGAUCAUCCCCGGAUUUCUGCUGUGCGUAUCGUGCUGGGAAAGCCGCAUGUGGCUGUGGUCGGCCCCGUCGACUAUUUAGGCGUCGAGAUUAUCAGACGCCGAAACAGCGCUGUGAAGAGCUAGAGCCCUUGCCGUUGCUACUGUCAAUUGGAAUUUGUAAACCUUUGUUAUGUAUUUCGAUUUAGUUUGCUGCAUUUUCCUUUCUAAAUUUGAUGUUUUAAUCACUCUGUUUUCAUUUAUCAAAUAUAUCAAAUCUUAUCCUACACUA